GACUUUCAAGUUUCCAUGUAUCCUAACAUCACGGGUAAUGAUAGUGACGUCACGUUUGGAGUUAAUAAAACAUUUCCUGUUUCAAUAUAUGCACCUUCUAUUCGACUGACUAACUGUCCAUCUUCAUAUGGGAUCAAAGGGUCAGAGGUCAACUGCACUUGUGAAAAUAAAGACAAUACAGACAGCACGACAAAUAUAACUUGGUACAAGAAUGGUACAGCUGUAGCUGUCGAUGUUAUAAGCUCAACAAUUUCACUAAACACAUCAGAAAAUUUAACAGAGCUGGAGAUUUACUGUGAAGCCACCAAUGCUUUGGGAUGGAAAAGUGAAAAGCUAUUACUAGAUCUAUGUAAUUUUAACAAUAUCACAUGGGAUGUUGAUUCAUCAAACAAGUCUGAAAACAACAAUGACACUACAGAUGAUUGUACAAAUAAAGCCUGUGGAAUUGAGUUUGGUACACAAUAG